GUGUGUGUGUGUGUGUGUGUGUGUGUGUGUGUGUGUGUGUGAGACAGGAAAAUAUACUGGAGAGUAUAUCCCAUAGUAGGAAGCCUCUCUCAAAGCAAUAUGUCCAUGUUAUAUUAAGUGAAUGAACUGAAAGUGAAAUUAUACUUUUAAAAUAUACAGCUCUUUGCAAGCCUGUGAGAGUACAUGGUCUGCCAAUACAUUUUUGUAUUCCCUCUGUCAAUUAAAGGGGUUGCUUUUGAACAAAACCAGCAGAUUGAAUUUUGGUCUCAUUUUGUAACUGAGACGAAGACUGUCAAUGUUGUUUUGUAUCAAUAUGCUAGCUAAAUAAAUGGAAGUAUUUUUAAGUGCAAGUUUUUGCUGCGUAUACAUUUAUACAACCUUAAUACAUCGCAUGCCAGUGCAGUAGGGGUCGCUCACAAUAAAGCAAUGCAAAUCCUCCUCAGAGCUGAGGAGCUCGAUACACUACCGGGUCAUCAUCAUAUCUUCCCGGGUCGAAAUAAAAAUGCCGUACACAUUUUGAAUAAAGUUAGAUUUAAUAGUUGGAUGUACUGUUACUUAGGUGAAAGAUUUGGUUUGUCAUCGGACGUAUUUUUGUUGAUAGUUUGUGCAAACAAAUAACUUUGUUUUUAAGUUGUGAGCAGUUUGUCGUAAACAUGGCUCCAACGAUUCAGACUCAAUCUCAACGAGAAGACGGCCACAGUAGGCCAUCCUCUCAUAGAACUGUCCCAGAGAGGUCAGGGGUGGUCUGUCGAGUGAAGUACUGCAACAGCCUGCCUGACAUCCCUUUUGACCCCAAAUUCAUCACAUAUCCAUUUGAUCAGCACAGGUUUGUACAGUAUAAAGCCACUUCUCUAGAGAAGCAACACAAGCAUGAGCUCCUGACUGAGCCGGACCUCGGGGUCACCAUUGAUCUCAUCAACCCAGACACCUACCGCAUAGACCCCAGUAUACUGUUGGAUCCCGCUGAUGAAAAACUGUUGGAAGAAGACAUCCAGGCUCCAUCCAGCUCCAAGAGGUCACAGCAGCAUGCCAAAGUGGUCCCGUGGAUGAGAAAGACAGAAUAUAUUUCUACAGAGUUCAACAGAUACGGAGUUUCCAACGAGAAAGUGGAAGUCAAGAUCGGUGUAUCUGUCAAACAGCAGUUUACAGAAGAAGAAAUCUACAAGGACAGAGACAGCCAGAUUUCUGCUAUUGAGAAAACCUUUGAGGAUGCACAGAAAUCAAUUUCACAGCACUACAGUAAACCCAGAGUUACUCCUGUGGAGGUUCUACCCGUGUUCCCCGACUUCAAGAUGUGGAUCAACCCAUGUGCUCAGGUCAUCUUUGACUCUGAUCCUGCACCUAAAGACAUAUCGGGACCAGCGGGAGUGGAAAUGAUGUCUCAGGCCAUGAUCAGAGGUAUGAUGGAUGAGGAGGGAAAUCAGUUUGUGGCCUACUUCCUGCCCCAUGAAGAAACCAUUCGCAAGCGCAAGAGAGACUGCGAUGAGGGGAUGGAUUAUAUGCCUGAGGAUCUGUAUGAUUACAAGAUCGCCAGGGAGUACAACUGGAAUGUCAAGAACAAAGCCAGCAAGGGCUAUGAAGAGAACUACUUCUUCAUCUUCAGGGAUGGAGAUGGUGUUUACUACAAUGAGCUCGAGACAAGGGUGCGUUUGAGCAAGAGGAGAGCCAAGGCUGGAGCACAGUCAACCACAAACGCUGUGCUGGUGUGUAAGCACAGAGACAUGAACGAGAAGGAACUCGAAGCCCAGGAAGCUCGUAAAGCUCAGCUGGAGAACCAUGAGCCAGAAGAUGAAGAGGAAGACAUGGAUAAGGACUUGCAGGACUCGGGUGACGAGAAAGAGAAGGGCAGCGGCAGUGAGGCAGAGAACUCUGGUAGUGAAUCUGAGAGGGAAGAUGAAGAGCCGGAACCAAGGGGAGAGGAGGACGAAGAGGAUGAGGACCGAGAGAAGCGGAGGAGGAAGGCAAGCGGCAGCGGAAGUGAGAGCGGCGAGGAGAGGACGAGGGAAAUGCGAGACGAGGAAGAGAUCUUCGGCAGUGACGACGACAGCGACGACAACGAGGAGAACGAGAACAACAAGAACUCGGCCAGGAGCAGCGGCGAGGAGGGCAGCGGGAGCGACGACGACGGAGGGAACCGAGGAGGCAGCAGGAGUCGCAGCGCCUCUCCAGCACACAGCGACCGCAGCAGCGAGCACUCGGAGACCCGGGCUCACAGCGGGAGUGGAAGCGAGCGAGGCUCGGAUUCCAGUGAUGCCAGUGACAGUGAAUAAGACCUGUGGUCCGGAAGACGGCAAGGUGACGGCCACCUUUUCUUACCUCCGUGUUCAGCUCCAAACAUGGCCGCGUUGCCCGGUCACUGACCCUAAUGUUAGCGCAGUCUGGGGAUGUAGUUUCUUCUGAUUACAAAUAGGGUUGGGCAUCGUUUUGGAUAUUAACAAUUCUGAUUUGAAUUCUGAUUCUUUUGAGGGGUGGAGUUGAAACGGGUCACAUGCCUAUUUUUCACAAAUAAGAGGCAAGUUUUAUUUUGGAUCAGUGGUGGGUUGCGGUUUUACAGCACUUUUUCAAAUGUAAAAUAAAGCCACACUAGAGCGCUAGUUGUUACUGUGCUCCAAGGCCACAACACAACAAGCGCCUGGCCGCUUCGGAAACCAAAACUUGCGCAUAUAAAAUUGGGAAGCGAUGAUCGGAUUUGAAACCAAAUCCUCUAACCGAUUCCAGUAAAGAAACCAUUCUACUGGAAUCGUGAUUUCUGAACCGAUUCCAAGUAGGAAUCGGUUCCCGAUGCCCAAUCCUACUUCCAAAUGGAGAUGCUCGUUGGUUUUGGACCGGGGGAAUUCUCUUCAAUCCAGUUUUUAAUUGUAGAUUUGUCUUGCACUCUGUUUUUUGUCUGUCAGAUAUUCCGUACAGGAUCAUGUAAAAAUGUCUUUGUUUUCUCUGCUUUUGAUUUGUCAUUGUGUUAAGGCUUUGAAACUGAUAAUAAAAUGCAGGUGACAUUUUGUAAGAAA